AACUUCUGACAACACACAAAACACUUUUACUUUUUCCCAUCACGUGAUCUUGCAAUCCCCUUCAAGUUGUAUUAACCCACGCGCCAUUUCUCUCUCUCUCUCUCUCUCUCGAUCACUCUGUUGUUCUUUUCUUCUUGUUUUCUAACACUUCCUUUGCAAGUUCUAUUCUUGCUUCACUGCUCUUGCAGAUCUGUCACUGCUGGGCAAAGGAAAUGGGGUUCAUUUCUAGAAAGAUUUUCCCAGCAUGUGGGAGCAUGUGUGUGUGUUGUCCUGCUAUGAGGUCAAGAUCUCGGCAACCAGUAAAGCGUUACAAAAAAUUGCUUUCAGAGAUCUUCCCUAAAUCUCCUGAUAGCCCUCCAAAUGAUAGGAAAAUUGUCAAAUUAUGUGAAUAUGCUGCCAAAAAUCCCUUUCGAAUCCCAAAGAUUGCAAAACAUCUUGAGGAAAGGUGCUACAAAGAACUGCGAUCAGAGCACAUCAAACUAAUCAAUAUUGUUACAGAGGCUUACAAUAAGAUGCUUUGCUUUUGUAAGGAGCAGAUGGCAUAUUUUGCUUUAAGUUUGCUGAAUGUGGCUAAUGAACUGCUGGACAACUCUAAGCAAGAUGCUGUUCAGAUACUUGGAUGCCAAACUUUGACAAGGUUCAUUUAUGGUCAGGCAGAUGGCACUUACACACAUAACAUUGAAAGUUUUGUGCACAAAGUAUGUAAGCUGGCACGUGACCAUGGGGUGGAAGAUCAAAGGCAUGGUUUAAGGGCCUCAAGCUUGCAGUGCAUUUCAGCCAUGUUGUGGUUCAUGGCAGAGUUCUCCUGCAUUUUUGCUGAUUUUGAUGAGAUUGUGAACGCGAUAUUAGAUAACUAUGUGCCAGAUACUGAAAGUGCAUAUGAUGAUGAGAGAGGGGAGCCACAUCAUAAUUGGGUGGACGAAGUGGUUAGAUGUGAGGGCAAAGGUGCAGGUGGUGGUGGUGAUACUAGUCCCAGUGGCAUGAUGAUCAGGCCUCGUCCAGAGAGAAAAGAUCCUACUCUUUUGACAAGUGAAGAGGUGGAGACACCUAAAGUAUGGGCACAAAUUUGUGUUCAGAGAAUGGUUGAAUUGACCAAGGAGAGUACAGCUAUGCGCAGGGUAUUGGAUCCAAUGUUCAUAUACUUCGAUUCUAGACGUCACUGGGUUCCGCAGCAAGGGUUGGCCUUGAUUGUUUUGUCUGAUAUGGCCUAUCUGAUGGAGACUUUGGGGAAUCAGCAGUUGAUUUUAGCUGCUGUGAUACGCCAUCUGGACCACAAAAAUGUUGUGCAUGAUCCCGAACUUAAGUCUCAGGUCAUACAAGUUGCUUCAUCUCUAGCUAGGCAAAUUAGAUCAGGAGCAGUGCUGGCAGAAAUUGGUUUUGUCAGUGAUCUGUGCAGGCAUUUGAGGAAAAGUUUUCAAGCCACUGUUGAAUCAGCUGGAGAACAAGAAUCAACUUUGAAUAUCUCACUCCAGAACGCUAUUGAAGAUUGCUUACUUGAAAUAGCUAAAGGGAUUGGUGAUACGCGGCCACUAUUUGACAUGAUGGCAAUAACAUUGGAGAAACUUCCAUCAGCUGGAGUUGUUGCUCGAGCAACCAUUGGAUCAUUGAUGAUUCUUGCUCAUGUGAUUUCUUUAGCAUCAAUAUCUUCUCGUUCACAGAAGGUGUUUCCAGAAGUGCUUCUUGCUCAAAUUUUGAAAGUAAUGCUGCAUCCAAAUGUUGAGACACGUGUUGGAGCUCACCAGAUAUUUUCAGUUCUUCUCUUCCCAAGUUCUAAUCAUCAGCGACAGACAGUUGCAUCUCUGCGAUCUGGUUAUCUCUAUGAACCACGAAAAUGGCAUUCUAAUACAGCAUCUACAUCUACUUCAAUUUCAGCUCUACUUGAAAAGCUCCGGAAAGAUAAAAAUGUAAUCAAAAUGGGAAAGAAUGGAUAUAAUGUACCUGAUGAUAUUAAAGGAAGGGACUUUGUGGAAGAUGACUGGAAGCAGGGCCACACCCGCAAGAGUUCUCCUAACUUUUACAAAUUAAGUUCUAUUAUUGACGGGAAAGCUGGAGCAACUAACUUGGCUGAUGCGGAACCAUAUGUUAUGAAGUUUAGUGAGGAUCAGAUAAUGCAGCUGCUGUCUGCCUUUUGGGUUCAAGCCACUCUUCCUGAUAACGUGCCUUCAAAUAUUGAAGCUAUAGCUCAUUCUUUCAUCUUAACACUUAUUUCUGUACGCUUGAAGAACCCAAAUGACAAUCUUGUGGUUCGCUUCUUCCAGCUUCCUCUGUCUCUCAGGAGCUUAUCCUUGGACCCUAACAAUGGGAUGUUGCCUUCGGUGUGCCAGAGAUCAAUCCUUGUUCUGUCAACAGGCAUGCUGAUGUUUGCGGCCAAAAUAUUUAACAUUCCUGAUCUGAAUGAUUUGUUCAAGACCUUAAUUCCUCAUGAUAUUGAUCCCUAUCUGGGCAUCAGUGAUGACCUUCAAGUAUAUGUAAAGCCUCAGGCAGAUGUGAGAGGAUAUGGAUCCUAUUCUGAUAAUCAACUGGCCACCUCAAUACUCUUUGAGUUACGGAACAAGAUGCAUGAGUCUGACAAGGCCAUACUGGAUGUGAUAACUCAGAAUUUGUCAACCAUAACUGAGUUGGAGGCAGAUGAGCUGGCAAGACAACUUUCAGAACCAUUCACACCGGAUGAUGCAUUCGUGUUUGGCUCGCGAACAACACUUGCCAUAAACCACAAUCAGAUGAUUUCCCCUUCGGAAUCACUCUCGUUUGAUGAGGAUGUUACAUCGACUCUCCUGGCUGAGGAUGAUGCCAUAAGUGAAACAUCUGUUGCUGACCUUUCUCGCUUCAUUCCCAAAGUGCCUCCAUCUCCUUCUAUCUCCCACAUUAUCAGCAUUGGACAGCUUAUGGAAUCAGCACUUGAGGUAGCUGGUCAAGUGGCAGGAUCAACCAUCUCUACAUCACCCCUUCCAUACAACACAUUGACUGGCCAUUGUGAAGCACUGGGCUCUGGCACAAGGCAGAAGCUAUCCAAUUGGUUGGUCCACGAAAAUCACUAUGCCAGAGCUUCCGACAAACCUUCAUUUCCUGCAAAUGAAUGCUUAGCUCUCAAGAAGAUUAUGAGCGAGGAUGAACCUGUUCAAGGAGCCAUGAUGGUGCAGAAGCCAUGGCUGGCGAUGAAGCUGCCUCCUGCAAGCCCUUUUGACAACUUCCUGAAAGCAGCUAGAUGUUAAAAGGAAGACUGGAAGUGAGAAGGCACCCACAUACAUAAAAACCUGUCAGUGUUUUGUAAAGUGUUAGGCAGUGAUUUAGAAGUUGUGUACUCUUGUAGAGGGUGUAGUUUAGGACCUUUAGGUUUAUGCUUUGUUUUUAGUUGGACUUGGUUAAACAUUUGAGGGC